AUGUUGGAUAUAAAUCUGUUUCGAGAAGAGAAAGGGAACAAUCCUGAGAUCAUUCGUGAAUCUCAGCGUCGCCGAUUUGCAAGUGUUGAAGUCGUUGAUGAGAUUAUUAAGCUCGACAAAGAAUGGCGUCAACGUCAGUUUGAAGUUGAGAAUUAUCGCAAGGACUUCAACAAGCUCAACAAGCAAGUCGCCAAGCUCAAAAUUUCUGGUGGCGAUGCGACUGAGCUGAUUCAGCAAACUGAGAAAAACAAAAAAGAUUCUACCGAGAAGGAGGUGGAAGUUCGUGAAGCUUAUGCUGCUUUGAAAGCUAAAUUGGAGACUGUUGGAAAUCUUGUCCAUGACUCCGUUCCAAUUAAUAACGAUGAGGCGCACAAUCUUGUGACUAAAGUUUGGGGUGAAAAGCGGGUUGCUUCAGCUGGUUUGAAGAUGAAAAACCAUGUGGAUCUUGUUGAGCUUCUCGGUAUUGCAGAUACCAAGAGAGGUGCUGAAAUUGCUGGAGCUAGAGGCUUUUUCCUAAAAGGUGAUGGUUUGCUACUUAACCAAGCUCUUAUCAACUUUGGGCUAACCUUCUUGAAGAAGAGAGGAUUCACCGGAUUGCAACCUCCUUUUUUCAUGAGGAAGGAUGUCAUGGCCAAGUGCGCACAAUUGGCACAGUUUGAUGAAGAACUUUACAAGGUGACUGGUGAAGGAGAUGACAAAUACCUUAUUGCAACUGCUGAGCAGCCCCUUUGUGCAUACCAUCUUGAUGAAUGGAUUCAUCCGACAGAGCUUCCCCUAAGGUAUGCCGGUUACUCGACCUGCUUUAGAAAAGAAGCUGGUUCCCAUGGAAGAGACACACUCGGUAUUUUCCGUGUUCACCAGUUUGAGAAAAUCGAACAGUUUUGCAUCACUGGUCCUAAUGAGAAUGAUUCAUGGAAAAUGCUCGAGGAGAUGAUGAAGAACGCGGAAGAUUUCUACCAAGCGCUAAAACUUCCGUACCAAAUCGUGUCGAUAGUCUCUGGAGCAUUGAAUGAUGCAGCUGCGAAAAAGUAUGACUUGGAAGCUUGGUUUCCAUCGUCAGAGACUUACAGAGAGCUAGUGUCCUGUUCCAACUGUACAGACUACCAGUCUCGAAGGCUUGAGAUCAGAUAUGGUCAAAAGAAGAGCAAUGAGCAGACGAAGCAGUAUGUGCAUAUGCUGAAUUCGACACUUACUGCAACAGAGAGGACCAUUUGCUGCAUUCUGGAAAACUACCAGCGAGAGGACGGUGUGGACAUCCCUGAGGUUCUGCAGCCGUUUAUGGGUGGAGAAACGUUCUUGCCCUUCAAAGUUAAGCCUGUAGCUGCCGAAACCAAAGGCAAAAAGUCGAAAGCUUGA